AUGCGUCGCGCGAAUCGCCUCGCCAUGUCUCUCUCGCCGUCGAGCCAGAGCAGCCUUGGCGCUGUGGCCCUCGGCCUCGAAUCCUCCUCGCAUGUCGCGUCUCUCAGCUCAACACCACCUACCAACUUCUCCGACAACAUAUCUAUAGCCUCCGAAGGCAUCAAGGUCGAGACUACACCUGUACCCGAGAUUCAAGCGACCGUCAUUGUCGCCACGGAGCCUCAGCCUGAGGUCUCUGCCACACCCCAUGACACGCCUCAGAUUGACGCGCCAUCGGCCGCCCAAGAGCCGCCCGCAGCCGGGCGUGCUCGGAGGGCACGCGUCAGCAAUCCCGUCUAUAACCUCUCCCAAUUGAGCGGCACCGCCGCAAAGGGGAAUGGCCGCAGAAAGCGAGCCAGCCUCGGAGACGCUCUCUCUACCACGCCGCGCUCCUCUGACCCUCUCGUACGCGACGGCAUUGACGCGCUGAAUCUGCAAUGGUCUAUGCAAGGCCUCAAGACCCCUGGCAAGUUGGCCCAGGAGAAGCCCGACACUCCCCGCACGACUCGAGCCUCAGCGCGCGACGCCCCGGCCAAGGUCGAUAUCCUUACAUCCAAAGCGACCUCUCUCGGCAAGCGCGGGCGCAAGGCCUUUGAACAGGGCAUUGGCAAGGUCUCCAGAGAACUUCUCCGCCUUAGAGAUACGAACGAGUUUGCCAAAGUAGAAACGAAGCCUGUUUUCCACACCAUUUGGGCCAAUGGCAAGCUGGUUACUCCCGAAGAGCUUGAAAAUGGCCCUGCCCGGAAGAAGGCUAAGACGAAGGCGCCCUCGGAAGUAAAGAAGGCCAAGGUGGACGAGACAAAGAAGGAUGGCGAAAAGAGUGAGGAGACGCUCGAGCUUCAUACGCGCAAGGGACGGCGUGUCAAGCGCUGGCUCGCCAAGGGCCUGUAUGCCGGUCAGGACACGCCGCUUGACCUGAACGAGGGUCUGGGCCUCGCGGAGAAGAAGAAACUCGCACAAAUCCCGGAGCUGGCCGCGUCCGGGCGCGUGAACAAGGCACUGCCUUUGCCCAUGUUCAAUGGACUGAGGACGUUGAUCAACGGCCGAGACUUCAAGCUUCCGUUCGACGUUUGCAACCCUUUGCCUCCGGGCCAGCCGAAGCCCGAGCACUGGACAAAGAUCUCCAAGAAUCGCUUUGUGGGAGAAUCUAGUCUAUACUGGAAGAAGAACCAACAUUCUUCUGCAGACGAGUCCAAGUGUGUUUGCAAGCCGCAGGACGGCUGUGACGAAGAUUGCCAGAACCGUAUCAUGUUGUAUGAGUGCGACGAGAACAACUGCAACGUCGGUAAAGCUUUUUGCACCAACCGCGCCUUCGCCGAUUUGCAUGAGAGAAAAGUUGCGGGCGGCAAAUAUCGCACAGGCGUCGAGGUCAUCAAGACAUCGGAUCGCGGCCAUGGUAUCCGGUCCAACCGAUGCUUCGACGCAAACCAGAUUAUCAUGGAGUACACUGGAGAGAUCAUUACCGAGGAAGAGUGCGAGAACCGGAUGAACACAAAGUACAAGAACAAUGAUUGUUACUACCUCAUGAGCUUCGAUCAGAACAUGAUCAUUGACGCCACGACUGGGAGCAUCGCCCGCUUCGUCAAUCACUCUUGCAAACCAAACUGCAAGAUGAUCAAGUGGAUCGUGGGCGGCCAGCCGCGAAUGGCACUGUUUGCGGGAGACGCGCCCAUCAUGACUGGCGACGAAUUGACCUACGACUACAACUUCGACCCUUUCAGCGCUAAGAACGUUCAAACCUGUCUGUGUGGCGAGGCGGAGUGUCGCGGUGUGCUGGGUCCCAAACCCAAGGGACCCAAGCCGGUCAAGGCUGAGAAAACAGACGGCAAGGCUGGUCUGAAGAAGAAGAAGAAGGCCAGGGCUACAAAACCUGACGCCAACACAACCCCGAAAUCUGCAGCAAAGGCCCUCAAGAGCCCUGCCAAGCUGAAGGCGAAGACACAGACACCGAAAGCGAACCUGAAGGAGACUGUCAAAAGCGUUGUCAAGCUCGGGAAGCGCAAGCUUGAGGAGCUCGCCGGAGAUGACACAGCCAACGCGAUGGCGAAGAAACGAAAGAUCAAAUCUCACAAGGGCACGAAGCAGAGCGCAAAACGUAGCUUCUCCAACGCCAGCACCAAGGUUGUCCAGGCGGCAGCGAAAGGCGCCGCCACGGUGAAGAAGAGUGUCUCAACGAUUACCGUGAACGCCAAGUCAACACCUGUCGCGAAGAAGACAACGUCUUCCAAGGUGACUACUGUCCGCACAUCCAGCUCAGGCCGUGUCAUCAAGGCGACAAAGAAGCGCGACUCCCUUCUGCAGACGACCUUGUCACCCAAUGCGACAAUUAUCGCAGCCAGAGCUGAAGGCAGCAAGAUCAAGGCUGCCGACAAGGGCAGCUUGAAGACGCCGAACAAAACGAAGAGACCGGCCACUCCGAAGAGUCUCAAAAGCGCUGUCAAGUCCCCCCGCAAAGCGCUGGAUCUACCGCGCGUGAAAUCGCAGAUUCGCUUGGUGAGCCCCGAGGCGAGCAGCAUCACUGCCCUCGUGUCCCCCUCGAUGGCCUGA